UUUAAAAAGUUGUGCUUCUGUCAACAGUUUCGAACGAAGGCGGGCGUUCGCAGGCUUUGAAUUUUGCAUGUUUAUUUGAAAGGUCAAAAACUGGUGAUGUAUAUGUAGACAUGAUGCAUUCGACUUCCAGCCAAUGGCUCCAACCAUUGUCACACAGCCCCACUACUCGUUUCCCAGCAUCUGGUCUGCCUUUCAAUCAUUUGCACCAAAAUUUACCCACCCAGUCUAGUCCAAGUGUUAUGUUAGCAUCUCAGAUCACUUCAUCUGAACCACUAUUUCCUUUGUCAAAUACAUUCAGUGUUGAUACGCAACCUGGGACUUUUCUAGCAGAUAUAAAUUCAGAACCUCAGCCUCUUGGUCCAUUGGGUACUAACUAUUACGGUUUCAGUCAUGAUCUAUCAAGUGGUGUUGAUUCUUCCCCAGCUAACUUGUGGUACAAUCCUUCUACUCCAACUGGCCCAAUGACGGGGUCAUUACAGAGGGAAUGCAAUAUAAAUGUCGACUGCUCAAGUGGUCUAGGGCGUAAUGAUGACCCGGUGCAAUUGAUUCCCGCGUGCACCUCAGCUACAGCAAAAAUACUCACUUCACAGCUUUACGAUUCUAUGCUUGGUGGUAUCAAAGAUCCAAACAGUUCAACUGUCAGUGAAAAUGAUAUUUGUUCUCGGUUAUCAUCGACUCAUACAACUCCAUCAUCAAAUUUAUUAACUGGUGGAAAUUACAAUUGUCCACCGAUAACUACACCCUUGUCAUCAUCAUCAUCAUCAUCAUCAUCAUCAAUAUCAUUAUCUUCACGGAAUAGAUCAAACAUAGAAUCGAUCAUUCGAACUGAUCAUAUACAUGACAAUCGUGAUCCUUUUAUUUACACAAAUUUAAAUGUUGUUCCUGUUGGUGGAAAUAAUACAUCAUGUAUGUCAGCUUUAUGCAGUAGUGGUGCUGGAAAUGAUGAUAUUGAUUCACGUCGUAUAAUUAAAUCAAGUAUUAUCCCGACUGGUAUUGAUGAACCCAAUAAACGUGAAAUAAAAUCUCUUCAUUUCCAAUCAAAUAAUCCAUUGAUUGCAUCUUCGGGAAUUUUUGAUUCUUAUUAUGGAAUUGAUUCUGUGUGUGAUGGAAAUACAAUUCCAAGCGGUUGGUCAAAUACAACUAAUGUCAUUAAUCCAGGUUGCGUAGUGGCAGGUUCUGUUCAUACAUCAAAUUUUCCUUCACAUAUUUCCAAUGAUAAUAAUAAUAGUAGUGCCUGUCAGUUGACGUCUGAAUUGACUUCUGUUCCCACCUAUCCCAAUUCUAAUCCCUCUAUCCAUCCUGAAUCUACUCAUCCGACACAUGUAAAUAUGGGAAUGAAUUAUUCUGGGGUCGGUGGAGUUGGUGGUAAUAUGUAUGCACCGACUACAUUACAACCUUGUCCAUUGGUUGGAUUAUCUGAUUCUUCCAUUCAACACCCAUGCAAUAUACCUCAACCUGUUCAUCCUUUAGAUCCUAAUCCUUCAUAUUCUUCCAUUGGGGAAUAUACAAUUCAUCGUCAAUCUUCUGAUAUAACCCCACCAUCUGGUCUAUUACCUUCAGUUGUCUAUGAACAACACUCACUUGCAAAUCUCAAUACACAUAAUACAACUUCAAAUAAUAAUAAUAAUAAUAGUAAUAAUAGUACUACUACUAAUAAUAAUAACAACAAUUAUCAAAGUGAUAUGAUGAGUUGUAGCCGUGAGGCACUGAUAGCAUUAGCAGGAUCUGGCGCAGAUGAAAUGAAUUUCACAACUCGUUCAUCUAAUAUAAGUUUAACACAUUCCUCUACACCAACCUUAUCUGCUAGUAAUUCUACAUCUCAUGGCGGUGGUCGUGGAACAAGAGGUGGUCGUGUUGCUGGACACAAGCGUCGAUCAUCAUCUGUUAAUCCUUCCAAUUCUCUUAAUUUAGAAUCAAAUGGAAAUUCCAUCGAAGCUAAUACUAGCGAUAUGACUUUGGGGCUGUCGAAUGCUUGCCCAUUAUCCUCUAAUACUGGUAUGAGCUCAGAAUGUUCAUCUCUUUUCGGUGAUUUUGACAGCAGUAGAAAUUUCGGACAUGGUCGUACGCCAAGUGGAUGUGGUACUGACUCUGAAGAAACUAUUGACCCAGAUGAAACACCUGAGCAAAGAGCUGAAAGAGAACGUAGUCGUAGGCAGGCGAAUAAUGCACGAGAGCGGUAAGUAUGCUAUUUGUAGUUAAAUAUGUCAACGAUACUGUUCAUUGAUUUUCUUGAUUCAGACAGACUGCAAAUUUAAUUAUAAAUAGUCAUAACUUAGUAGGUAACAGGACAGGUGUGCAUCGUACCUAGUUACUGCGCUUUAUAUCACCACACUAAAUGCUUAUAAACAAAAUAAAAUUUAACGAAAUAGAAAUAACAGUAUCAGUGAUCGUAAAGAAGACUAAACUUUGGAAACAUAAUUAAAAAAUCGAAUAUCAGACAGUAUGAAAAUUCGAUGUUUACUGGCAGACAACGGACAGAUUAUUAUUUUCAUAUUAUUUUUGAUACAAUAUGGAAUUCUCGGCACAAAGUAUUUCGAUAAAUUUCAUUUUCUUAUUUUUUGAUCGGCAGUUAGGUGUUAGCAGAUCAGGAAUGGACAUCUGCAUAAUGUUCAUUCUUUUCAAUCCAUAUUGCCAGCCUCCACGAUGUUUCCGAUUGUACUUUUGUGUAACUUGUACAACGAAAGGUCGUAAACUUUUCAUAAACGCACCUGAAUAGGUUAUGAGAUUAAUGAACAUAAUGAUUUGUUAAAACAAACAAAAACAGAUAACUUGUUGAAAUAUUUAGGUGUAAAGAACAGGUAGCCCCGAUACUUAGGCAGGUCGCCUUGGUUAUAGGGAUGAUGAUUAAUUUGUAAAUACCAGUUAAAAACUCUACAUGCCCUAGUACCACUCACAGUAGCAAUCAUUAACUUUGUGAACUGAUCACCCCAAACUUUCUUCGUAACUCCUCCUCCUAUGCUAGCUAGGAGUAUAGCUUGAAAAACGUGUCUGCGAAUGUGUUAUACGCGGAUGAUGACAUUUCACAACCUUCAUAGACCACCUGGUCAUUUCUUGUAAGUGAUCGCUUAGUUGUUCCAUCAUACUUGAACAUUGUUUAGAUAACAUCCGUGAUUAAAUACUGAGAACAUACAUAUGUUUUAACUUUCAAACAUAAUAUUUUCAAUCAUAAAUUAAUAUAAAAAAGAUUUGCUACUAAGAGAUAUCACUCUUGGACAAUAUAUAUAUUAUUAGGUUAUUUAAUAAUAGUGAAGUGUCAGUAUUUUUCAUGUCUUGAUUCUUUUGAAUGUUUUUUUCUUUGGAAUGGAAAUGUAUUCCUAAUAAAUAUUACAAGAAAUUGCUUUGCUUACUUCAAUUUUUUUAUGAAUUCCAGAGUUGUUCUUUUCGGACAAUUUAAUUUUUCACUGUUAGAAUUGUGUAAUGUAGUACACUUUUUUGGGGAGGGGGUGAUGCUUUUUUUGCGUAUUCCUUGUUUUGAAUUAACUCCAUGCAAUCGCUUUUCUUUACUACUGAAGUGGUUAUUAAUUCGGAACUGUUUAAAGAGGAUUCGAUGGGAAACCUCUAGACGUAGGUUUCCUGUUACGUCGUGCUCAUCAGUGAAGCGCACAUGUAAUGUUGGUGGGACUGAUACUGCCUGGCCGAUUUAAUCCCGUGUCACUCAGCUACACAGAGAAGUUACCAUUGAGCUAUUCGGGCAGCUACUGACCUUUAAAACUGAGCUGUACCUAUAGUUGAUUAAUUACUAAGUAGUGACCACUAUCAUGUAUGUCGAGUCCUGCCAAUGAAUUUGGAUGGUAUUGGAUUUAAUCCAACAUGGAGCAUCAAUUCCCCCAAGAUUACAUGUACUCCUUGCUGAUUGGUGUCAAAUAACACGAAAUUGAGGUCAAACACGGUUUCCUAUCGAUUACUUCCAACCAUAACCUUACAUCUCAAGUUAGUGCACUCGAUAUCAAGGCACUGAAAUUAGUGACCACAUAAAUUGAUCGGUAGAAUUCAAUCAACUCUAAAGAGGAAUUGACACCCAUGGCAUUAAUCACUAGUUGGUGAUCAAUCAAUUGUAAAAAUACGUGAAAUACCAUUUUGUCUGUCAGGUAAGGUGAAGACGCGUUUUAAAGUAAAGACAAAUUUCACUUACUGUGAUCGUAUUUGGAAGUAUCUAAUCUUGUAAAUCAAUUAAAUCAAAUCAUUUCGUUAACUAGAUUGUAGUGUUUUACGUAUUUCACAUUAUGUUUACUUGUCCAUUAUAUCCAUAAAUUGUACAACAACAAAAAAGAUUACGAGUUCGUGAAAUCAAUGAUGCUUUUAAAGAAUUGGGUCAAAUGAUUAAUUUGCACACGGGAAAUGGUCAACCUCUGACAAAACUCAUGAUUCUUCAGCAAGCUGUAACAGUUAUCACAGGUUUGGAACAACAAGUUAGAGGUUAGAAGAAAAAAACAUAGAUAUUUUUAAAAAUCGUUUUUAAGUUCUGCUUGAUGUUAGCAUGUUGUCAUAAUCCUCAGUAUUAUGCAUGUUUAUAUCUCUCCUUUUCUUUCAUCUUAAUCUCCUGGAUCGUGGUAAUAUUAUCUGUUACGUCAUACUAUCCAUUACAUAUGUCAAUCUGGUUAAUCGCAUUCCUGUGUGUUACACUUUAUGUAUGGUAUGCUCUUUGUCUAUCAAAGUAUUCGAGUUCGUGACAUCAAUGAUGCAUUCAAAGAGCUUGGACGCAUGUGCAUGAUGCAUUUAAAUAAUGAACGACCACAAACCAAACUUACAAUUUUACAACAAGCUGUUUCAUUAAUCACCAGUUUGGAACAACAAGUUCGUGGUAAGUAGUUUGUGUACUUCAUGUGGUUACAUUUCUGUCGUAAGAUUUUAUUGGGAAAUUUAUGAGUGUUUAGUUUCUCUGUUUUAUUAUUUACUUUAUAUGUAAGUCUAAUAAAUAAUUACUAGAAGUCAGUUUUUAAUUUUCACCAUUGAUGAUAAUAAGAGAACGAUUGUGUAUUCAUUACUUAAACACGUUUUUUUUAUGUGUAUAGUCACUCCGCUACUAUUGAAGUCCAGUUAAAAAAAGAAAACACUUUCUGAUUCUAAAUAUAAUGCUUUCGAUUCGUAUGUGAAUAUUCUAUUUCGUGCCUUUUCUUUGAUUUUUGCUGGUUAACUGUGUUUAUCAAUACUUUAUGCUAUGGAAAUAACAUAUUGACCAUUUAGGGAGGUGUGUAUGUAUGAACAUACGGCUACUUGGAUUUUAUUCUGCUUUUUUAGUCAGUGGUUUUGAGACGCUAAGUGAUAUGGUGAGUCGAAUUUGGACACAAUGGCCUAGAUGAGUUUUCUGUUUAUAUUUUUCUAGAUCUUGAGUUCCAUCAUUUCCUCAUACAUAUUCUCUGUGUAAGGGAUUCUUCCUAGUUGUAAUUGCUCUUACAUUAUUUUGAUUAUUUUUCUAUUCGUCUUGAUAAUUUCAUUUGACUGUGCAGAUUUGGUAGGAGAAUUUUGUCUAAUGCAUAUUAUUGCCAUCCUCUUUAUUGAUUAUGAUUGACUGACUGGUAAAAAAAAGGAAUUCAAAUUAAAUAAAUCUAUAUUGGUGAAAGCUGCGCAAAUAAGUUGGUUAUAUAUAAAGUGUAUUCUAAUUGAGCUAUUUUCGUCAAUGUGUAAGCGUCUAACAACAUUUAUUUCAUUUGUUGAUUUAGGUGUUGUUUUUUUUCCAUUCUUUUAGAAAUAACCGUUUUUCUUUAUUUUACUUCUCAGUGGAUUGAUUUACUACAUAAAAAUUCUGUCAUCAAUCCAUGGUGUAUAAACGUUACAUUUUUCUUAAGUGAUAAUACAUCUUUAUUAUUAUUUUAAGUAAUAAUCCUUAUUGUGAUGAAUAAUAGGAUAAUAGUUAUAUACUGCUCGAAUUUUGAACAUACAGAUCAUACAUUCAAACCUCAGUUCAUCCACUUAAUUGUUUUGUCAGCCAAAUUAGUGUCACUAGCCCGUCAUAUUGAUAAACCUAGAGAGAGAGUUGUUAAAUGUGUUAUGGCUUGUUUUAUGUUCUAGGCAUUCAGUUAUAAGGUGAUAAAUAUUCAUUUUGGAAUUCUUUUUCUAUGAGUUAUAACUUACUAGUUCUGGCCUUAAAUCUGGUCAUUUAUUGGAUUAUUAAUUUAGAUAUAUAACUGUAGAACCUGAAGAUAAUUUAUUGAAAGUUCGUUCAUAUAUCAAUAUUUGGAUCGUUUACUACUUCAGUAUUUUAUCUCAAAAAUUAGUGAGACUAUAACUUAUAGACGACCUUUGAGCGAAGCUAAAGUGUGACCUUGAAAUACCCACAUACUAACCAGGACUAAAUGAAGGUUAUAACGAAGUGUGGUGAAUUGGAAUUAUGAUUUACGGGUGAUGAUUAGGGUUAGGAACUUAAUUUAGGGUUUUCAUCAUGAACUGAUAUCAGAUAAAAUGCCAAAACACUUUAAUCAUAUGAACAAAUGAAUUUCGUGCCAAAAUCCAUGACCACUUAUAUCUGAUUGGUUUGUUCACAAAUUAUAAUCUCACCCAAAAAAAUCAUGAUCCUUAUUGUAGUAUCAAAUUAAUUUUAUACAAGUACUUCCAAAAUGGGAUUGAUAAUAAAACAGUAAUAAUAGUAAUAUUAUUAUUUAUUUAUUUAUUUGAACACAUAAAUAGUGGUACAAGGGGGCUUUAGAUAUAUAUGCUCCACACAAAACAAUGAGAAUGGGAAGAGAAAAAAGAAGGUAAGGAGCGUAAAAGAAUAAGAAGAAGAACAAUAACGACCAGAUUAGUGUAUGGCAGUGAAAUAACAAUAAUAAUAAUGGGGGAAACGGAAAGGUCCAACCAGAAAGAAAGUAAAAUAAGGUUACAGCAGGAUUGCCAUUGGCUUCUAUUCUGAGCCAUAUCUGAUAACGUCUCUAACCACUGUGUUGCACCAUUUCUCGGACCCCAACCAGGGAGUCGAGAAGGAC